GAAGUAUCUUAUAUUGCUGCUGUCUUGAUGCGGGUUCAAGCCGCACCGCUUCAGCCUCAUUAAAGUAGCGUGAACAGUUCAUCGGACUGUCAGUUUAUUCCUUUAAUCAGGACACUAUGAAUCAAGAGAAGCUUGCCAAACUCCAGGCACAAGUGCGGAUAGGUGGAAAGGGAACGGCCCGCAGGAAGAAAAAGGUUGUUCACAAAACGGCAUCGGCGGAUGACAAAAAACUCCAGGGCUCACUGAAGAAACUGGCAGUGAACAACAUUGCAGGGAUAGAAGAGGUGAAUAUGAUAAAAGAUGAUGGGACAGUGAUCCACUUCAACAACCCCAAAGUGCAGGCAUCUCUGUCUGCCAACACCUUCGCCAUCACAGGCCACGCUGAGACCAAGCAGUUGACAGAGAUGCUGCCAGGCAUCCUGAGCCAGCUGGGAGCCGACAGCCUCAGCAGCCUGCGCAAGCUGGCCGAGCAGUUCCCACGGCAAUCAAUGGACAUGAAAGCAGUCAAGGAGGAAAUUGCAGAGGAGGAGGAUGACGAUGUACCAGAUCUUGUGGAGAACUUUGAUGAAGCCUCAAAGGAUGAAGCAAACUGAUGAACCCUUUUUGUUUUCCUCCGUCAACCGUUCCAUUUUUUACCUCUUACGGACUCACAGGGAGCAUUUCCUCUUGUGGGAAACGGUUGUUAAAGGUGCGAGGCAUCAUCAUCUCCGGAGAUGUGAACCACUUUGGUUUAGCCUCCCACAACAGCACAGCAACAACAACAUGCAGAUACAGUAGGUUUUGAUUUCAGUAGGCUGUAAUAUUGUGGACACGCCAAGAAACGAGGAUCCGCACGAGACCCGGCACCAAAAGGACUGCUACUUUAGAAAUAAGCUUUCUACAUGGUUAAACGUGGCUAGUAUUUAAGAGAUUGUUUAUUAAAUUACAGUUUAAAGUGAAUGGAGAAUUCAUUUUACAUUAUAGCGGUGAUUAUGAAUUUAAUAAAACAUUUUUGGGCUA